AUGCCCUCAGCAGCAACAUCAAGCACCAAUGUAGCAGAGGCGAGCAGCUCAAAAGCGGCCCCUUCACCGACACUCUAUGUCAAAAACAUCGAAGGGAAAGUUAAGAAACCUGCAGAACUGAGACGUCAGCUCCACUCGCUUUUCUCCACCUACGGUCGUGUACUGGACGUAGUAGCCACAAGAGCUCAUGGUAUGAGAGGCCAAGCAUUCAUCGUAUUUGAAAACCCAUCCUUCUCUACUGCCGCAAAACGCGGCUUACACAACUUCAGCUUCUACAGCAAGCCGUUGCAUAUUGAAUACUCGAGCGGAUCAAAGAGCAAAGCUUUACUUCGAAAGGAGCUGGGAUACGAAGCGGUGCAGGAGCUGGAUUUGGAGAAGAGCCGCACAACCGAGUCUAAACGUGGAGAGAAGAGAGCUAAUCAGACUGCACCUGAACAGGAGGAGCAGGAGGAAGAGGAGGGUAGUGGGAGAAAAAGAGUGAAGCGAGAAGAGGACGAGGAAGAGGAGGAUGGCGUGAUAGUUCAGGCGAGCAAUGUUCCGGGCAGCAUAGAAGGCGAGGUUAUUUCUGCGUUGUUUUCACGCCAAAGCGGGUACGUUGGGACUGACGAGGGGACAAACCGAGAGGAUGGAGAGACAUGGACUGCAGAGAUAAGGUUUGAUGGUGAGGAGAGCGCAAAAGCAGCACUGGAGAGUCUACAAGGUGUUCAGAUCGAUCCUAUGUACAAGCUCGAACUUAGUAUCGUAUCGUAG